UGGCCGUUCAGCGGCAGCGUGACCUCAACAGGGGAUUGUCCAAGUCAGGGAGGGGAGCAACCGAAAGCAAUGGAGGCGGCGGGGAAGAGCGUGUGCGUGACCGGCGCGGGCGGCUUCAUCGCGUCGUGGCUCGUGAAGCUCCUCCUCUCCCGGGGCCACUACGCGGUGCGCGGCACCGUGCGCGACCCAGGUGCUAGCAAGAAUGCUCAUCUCAAGGCAUUGGAUGAUGCUGGGGAAAGGUUGCAGCUUCUCAAAGCUGAUUUGCUGGACUACAACAACGUUGCAUCAGCGGUUUCUGGCUGUGAGGGUGUCUUCCAUGUAGCUAGCCCUGUUCCCUCUGGUCGAUCCUUCAACCCUGAGGUGGAGGUCAUAGGUCCUGCUGUCACAGGUACUGCCAAUGUGUUAAAGGCUUGCUAUGAGGCAAAAGUUGGUCGAGUUGUGGUGGUGUCUUCUAUUGCAGCUGUGUCCAAUAAUCCUAACUGGCCCAAGGGCAAGGCUUUUGAUGAAGACAGCUGGUCAGAUGAGGAGUACUGCAGGAAGAAUGAGGAUUGGUACAACCUUUCCAAAACUCUGGCAGAACGUGAGGCCUUUGCUUAUGCAGAAAAAACGGGGCUGGAUGUUGUAGCUAUUUGCCCGUCAUUGGUACUUGGACCCUUGAUGCAAUCUACAAUAAAUGCAAGCAGCAAAAUCCUCCUUAAUUAUUUCAAAGGGGAUCGUGACACCGUUGAAAAUAGGCUCAGAAAUAUUGUGGAUGUUCGCGACGUUACUGAUGCUCUUCUUCUGGCAUAUGAAAAACCAGAGGCAUCUGGACGAUACAUCUGCAGUUCACAUCCAAUAAAAGUUUCUGACAUGAUAAGCAUAUUGAAGAACUUAUAUCCAACUUACCCUUAUCCCAAGAACUUUGUGGAAGUGGAAGAAAAUUUUGUAUACAAUUCGGAGAAACUUCAGAAGCUAGGAUGGACCUUCAGGCCUAUAGACGAAACCCUCCGUGACUGUGUUGAAUCCUACAAAGCAUUUGGCUUCCUGAAUUGAGCAUCCAAGUGGGGCUGUUCUCAUCUGCUGUUACCUCCAAACCUUCGCUAAAUAAUGAAAUUUAGGAACAGUGAAUUGUGACAACUUACCCAUUAAUGAGAGGGAUUAAAAGUGAUGCUAAUUUGAAAUUUUGUUGACUAAGUCAAUAUUGGAUUGAUAUGGAAGAUGUUGAUGCAAAGCAUGUACUUUACCAUAGAACUAAAUCGAAGGGUUUGAAUAAUGUUUUAAACAUGUUUGGAAGCUCCAAAGUUUGAAGAAGCACCAAAAUUCAGCAAAGACUGACAAAAUUGCUAAGUGUGAAAACAGUGAUAAAUGGCAGAGUUUAGAGUUGAAUAAAGUGUCAUUUAUGAAGCAACUUUGUAUAAAAGUAUCAAAAAAUGGAAACUUGGAUGUUCGACUUUCACAGUGAUACUUUUCUAUUCGAAAUCAAGAAGAUGGUAUUUGGAAGCGCCAGGUGAAGGCAUUGAAGAAUAAAUCAAAGGUGGAAAGUGAUAUUAUUGCAGGUGCUUUUACCGACUAUAUGACUCAUGUACAAUCUUUAUCAAGAAUGUCAUGCUGAGUAUUAUAGGCAGAGCAGAGAAAUACAUAUGAAAAAUGGCAGAAUCUGGGAUGAGAUUUCAGCUGAAGCAAAGUAGAAAGGCAGCUUGGGAACUCGAGGAAGAAGCUAGGAGGUGUGAGCAUGAUAUGAAAAGAGCAACGAGGGAACAAUUAAGAAAAAUAGAUCAAAUUGAAGUUGAACUGAAGCAUGUUUAGGAUAUUGAUGAUGUUAUUCAGACUACCUCGGCAAUAUAUUGAGACACUGUGGAAGCUAAGAUAAAUCGUUUAGAGACUGAAAGAUUAGUUUAUAUGGAUGAAAUUUUCUCUUUGCAAUUGGUCAUGGAAGAAAUGCAAGAACAAGUUGCAAGCACAUAUGCAAGCACAGAGCAAGUCCUUCAGGAUCAACAGGAGGUGGAGGUGGUGGAUUCCCUCCAAUUUAUCCUUGCAUAUGUACUUGUAUUUUUUCCAUGAUCAAUCGCUUAGAGAAAAUUUCAUUUCAUCCAUAUGAACUACUCUUUUAGUCUCUAAAUUUUAGCUUCCACAAUAUUUCGAUAUAUUGCCAAGGUAGUCUGACUAACAUGAUUAAUAUCCUAGGCAUGCUUCAGUUCAACUUCAAUUUGAUUUGUCUUUCUUAGUUAUUUCCUCAUUGCCCUUAUCAUAUCAUGCUCUUGCCUCCUAGCUUCUUCCUCAUAUUCCCAAGCUGCCGUUCUACUUUGCUCCAGCUAAAAUCUCAUCCCAAAUUCUGCUAUUUUUGCAUCUGCAUUUCUCUGUCUUUGCCUAUAAUACUCAGCCUGACAUUCUCGAUAAAGAUUGUAUACAUAUGUCAUACAGUUGGUAGAAGCAACUGCAAUAACAUCACUUUCCACCCUCAAUUUAUUCUUCAAUGCCUUCACCCGGCGCUUCCAAGUACCAUCUUGUUGAUUUCGAACAGGAAAGUACCACUGUGAAGAUCGGACAUCUAAGUUUCUAUUUUGGUAUACUUUUAUACAAAGUUGCUACAUAAAUGUCACUUUAUUCACCUCCAAACUCAGCCAUUUAUCGCUGUUUUCAGACUUAGCAAUUUCGUGGUGCUUCUUCGAACUUUGGAGCUUCCAAAUAUAUUCAAACCCUUCAAUUUAGUUCUAUAGUAAAGUACAUGCUUUGCACUAACUUCUUUCAUAUCAAUCCAAUGUUAAUUUAGUCAAUAAAAUUUCAAAUUAGCAUCACUGAGGGUUUGAUCCCUCUCAUUAAUGGGUGAGUUGUCACAUGAAUAAGCAGGUCCAAUAGCCCAAUCCCUCUCCGAUUUUACGAACAAGCAGUGAAACAGAAUGUUUUUGUUGUAACGGAUUGAAUAAGGGAUUUAUGAAGGAAAGCAAUGUGUUUUUCA